AUGACCCCUGGGGUUCCCUCGCGCUCUGCGAAUGCGAGACCCCCGUGCGCCGCCUCCCUCCUCCUUCGGGGAGGCCCUUCCUGCCUGCGCAUCCCGGGCUCUCGGCCAGGGCUUGGCGGCCGCCUGAGCUUCUGCCACUCAUCCAUCCACCCGGCCUCUCGCCCUCCAUCCCCGGGAGGCGGCGGCGGCGGCGGGGGCUGCCGGGAUCCCGGCGGCUCUUCCGCGCAGACCCCGCGCAGCCUGCCUGCGCCCCCGCGGAGAUCGGAGAGCAGGAUGGAGCCCGGGGAGGAUCCCCGCAGAGUCGGCGCUGGACGAGCUCCGGAGGCGGAGGCUGCCCCCCAGACCCCCACCCCGGUUGAUGCGCCGCGGCAGGAGGUGACCUUAGAGGAUGUCGCCAUCAGCUUCUCCCGCGAGGAGUGGUCCAUGCUGGACGGGUGGCAGAAGGAUCUGCACCAGGAAGUGAUGCUGGAGAAUUUCACGCUGCUUCUUUCCGUGGGCCGUUCUAUUCCUCUGGUGGAGUUGUCAUCCUUCAUCAAUCAGCCGGAAGGAAAUAUUGAGGACCAGAAUCUUGGCGGGGCUGAUGGGGAGGACACAGCCAGCGAGGACGCAUCCGAGCUGGAGGGACCCUGGGACCUGGAGGACCUGGAUGAGGAGGGAGAGAGUUGCCUGACCCCAGCUAGCAACCAGGACGGUGAGCAUCCCAGCAGCCUCCACCUUUGCGCUCUCAUGAAGCUGGUGGAGGAAAUCCCAGAGUUUCUCUACGGACACACGAAGGCCGCCGGAGACCUCACCCCGGACGCCAUGGAAGCUGAGGUUCCUGCCAAGGAGGCGCCAGCCAGCAGUGUUAAAAGGGAAGCACCGCUGGAGAGCUUGCACCCUUUGGGCCGGCAGGGAGAUAUGGCAGAGCCCGCCACCUUGGGCGUUCCCAGCCAUCCUGGCACACCGGCCAGCGCCACCGAGGGAGACGGGCAGGAUUCCCAUAUCCAAGCAGACACAACGGCGGGAGGGUCCCCCAUCCUCGAUGACGGUACAAAUGAUGGAGGACGGAAGGACUGGGCUGUGGACAGGGCUGCUGCUCCUCCUCAAGCCACGCCCACCAAGCCUCUGGCCACGGGAGAGGCGGAGCCAAACAGAGGAGGUCCCGGAGAACGCCCCCAUGGAGCAGAAACUGCUGCAGAUCCCAGCCACAAACCUCUGCUAAAUUCCUGGAAGGAAGGAGGAGCAGAGUCGGCUGAUGCUCUCGGUGCAUCUUUCAGUAGCUCUUUAUCAAGCUGCUCUUCUGGGGGAGACAUGGCGCGGCCCAAGUCCCUGGAUCCAAGAGCCUGCCAAGAAGGCGUUUCGAAGUGCUCGCACCCAAGCCUCACGCAAGCCUGUCUUGGCGGCCCUUCCCCAAACGACGACGCAGCUUCUUGUUCUUCUCUCUCAGAAACGGCGGCAGAGGAGAAGCCCCUGCAAGGGCUGCUGAAGUGCCUGAAGGAACUGAUCGUCCACCAGCCCUCUCACACAUCCCGCAGGAACCCUAGCAGCGGCCAGCAGCCAGCCCUGCAGCAGAAGAUGAGGGAAGGGACCUGUGGGUCUCUCCCUGGCCAAGUUAAAAUUGAAGCCGUGGAUGAGGAACUGUCUGCCCCUAGCCCGGAAAACGCUGCUGCACGAGGUGGAUCCAGCCCUCCGGCUGCUCCCUUAGGUCGUGUUUCCACCUUCCAGACUGAAGGAGGCAGGAGAAGAAGCCGGUCAGAGGCAAAGGACAGGAACAUCUUUGCAGUGGUUAAAGUGGAAGCGAGGAGCAGCAGCCCUUCACUUCAGUACCCGGACAGACCUGACCAUCCUCUCAGUCCAUGUGGAGCCCCAGGCAACGAGGGGGCGGCCGAGGACCUGGGCAUCAAAAUUAAAAUGGAAGAACCAUCUGAGGACCUUGUGCGAGACCGGAAGGAAGUCUCCGAGGAGGAGCGAGUCCUGGCACCUAGCCUCCCCGACGGAUCCCUCUCUCAUAGCAGCCCGGAGACAGGGAUGGACUUGGGGAUGUGGGUCCCAUAUUCGGAGGCCUGGAGCCCAGUGACCAGCCCUCUCCAUGGGCUCCUGAACUGCCUGAAGGACAUCCCUGACCCCAGGCCUCAGCCCUCCCGAGCCGUGGCUGUAAAAAGAGGAGGAGGAGGAGGAAAAGAGCGAAGGAAAGGAGGAAAGAGAGGAAGAUUAGGUAUGCCCUCUGGGUGGUGGGCGAGGGUGGGAGAGGCUUGGGAGGUGGCAGGGAGCCUCUCAAGUCUUAGAAGUGGGCCUGGGUGGCCUGGCACCCAUUUUUAA